UUGCGAACGCUUAGCCCGGGACGUUCGUGGUAAUUACGUCGAUCGAUAAGCCUAUACAAGCCACACGACUCAAUUCCACCUGAAAUCCGCCAAGCGAGAAAUUCCCCGCGUAUAUUACAGUAAUGAUAUGAAUAUGAAAUAUUCCAAAAUGGGACAGCUGGCAUCGACGUGACGUCACAUAGAUACUUUUGUCUCCGCUAGCCAAUCAGCACACGCGUUACCAUCCGGCCGAUAGUCAAUGUACAAGGCCCCUCGUAACGUGCUCAUUAUGUAUUCAAGUCAUUUUGUCCGAAACCUGAAUAUUUGAUGGCUGCUAUAGUAUUUUCACCGUGCUAGCCACCGUGUAGCGAAAACUAUUAGCAGGUGAAACGAAUCGGCACACGGCUUGAAAGCAAUCUUCUCCCCAUAUCUGUCCAACGAACGUUUCUCGACGGUAAAGGUAAUAAAAGCGUUACUGGACCGACCCGCGCAGAAUAUUAACUUCAUUGCGUGUCAGUUCGAAACGAAAGCAAUAAAGAUGUCGGCAAUGGAUCCAGUGCUUACUAAGGAUGAGAUAAAGAGAACAUACCAGACUUGGGCCGAAUUAAAUUAUGGCGAAGGUGCCAAAACGAAGACUGUUACACAGAAAAAAUAUAACCGGAUUGCCGCCUUUCUCAGAGGUGACGAACCUGCGACCACGGAAAAUGCUAAAUUUCGUUUUUGGUUAAAAGCAAAAGGAUUUAAAUUGGGACCAGAAAAGGAUAAAGAGGGAAACUCCGAAGGAAGCUUCGAUGACGUAAUAUAUGUUCCCGUGAAAUCACCAGAAUCAAGUGGAAUGAUAGUCGACCGUGGAUAUAAGCGAGUGGCCGUAGUUGAGGACUUUUUCGACAUCAUUUAUGCAGUUCAUGUAGAAUCCGAUUGCAAAGGGGGCAAACACGCUGGCCAAAAGCGCACUUACAAAGCUAUUGCCGAAACGUACGCGUUUCUGCCGCGUGAAGCCGUAUCGCGUUUCCUAAUGAACUGCAGUGAUUGUCUGAAACGUAUGCACUUGUCGCCGAACAAUACCAACGAACCCAGCUUGACCAACAGUGGACCCGUUGCAAGUGAAGACACAGCCAUCGACUACAACAUGCCAAUAACCACCACAUACCUCACUAAGAUAAAUAGGCUGCGAUACGACAUUGUCGGUGAGGUAGGUAUUGUUCGAACUGGUUGUUGGUAAAACCGGAUCUCCAAAAAAUAUGCUAUUGUUAUUAUUAUUAUUAUUAUUAUACCAAUCACAGUCAUCGUUACAAUGAAAACUAAUAUCAGAUCACAAAUUAAAAAAAAAUGUAAUGUUUUCUUGCUACGGAUUGAUGACACUGAUUGUCAUUCAAUCCUCUGUUGAAGAUGAUGACGUAAUAGGCCGAUAAUAGAUAAUCUUUACAGAGGGCGCUUUUCAACUUUCAACUUUUUCUUUGAGUAGUUGAAUCAUCUUAGAUCACCAACUUAUGAUUUGAUUGUCCGAACUUGAACUUCAAUUUCCGUAUUCGAGUGUUAAUUCUCGAAAGAUGCUAAAAUAUCUACAAAAUUUAAUCUCCUUCUUGCUACGUGAAAUGCAAUUAGAUGUCGCGUGAUGAAAUAAGGAGACAGCACCUGUUCGGAAACAAGCUCUUUAGCCCCUCCCUUGCGUACUCCUAGGCCACCAUCCUUACGUUUAAUUAGUCCGCCUAUGAAGACGGUACGCGGCACAAAUGAAGCCGAUUCGCUUCGGGAAAUCAGAAGUUUCUAUAACCUAGCCAACAGGAAAUUCAACCCUAGCUAGUGAGAGAGAACAGAGGGGUCAUUAGAAUGUUCGAACCGUUUAAUCUCCGUAAUUACUUUCCGAAGUAAGAGGAAUCGCUAGAUACCGUAUUAGAUAAAAAUAAUGUGAAUCGACGCCGGAUGUUGUGACUGUAUCGAACAGGUUCAAACAAACUGGGAUAUUGAGAUUUAAUUAACAAAAAUAGCACCAGAAAAGAAAAACAAUAAUCAAAGACAUCCAGAGAGCUUGGUUCGCUUACGAAUUCUGCAGAUAAAUGGUAUAAAAAAAUAUAUCGACUACAAAAAAAUAAUCAAAACGUUUAUGUUUUCACCAAUACACAUGUGUGAAUUCAGCAUGACGUCACGUUAUGAGAGCGCCACUUUAAGUUAAUUUAAUCACAGUACAGAACGCUACACUUAAAAAAAACAGCUUGAAGGAUUUGUUCCGCUUUUGGUGACACGUUUAAAAGCAAAACGUGUUUAGGCAUAGCUUCAUGUGCUUAGGAUCUUGACGUCUUUAGCAUCAAAUGUGCUUAGGUAUUUGAUACCAUGAUGUCAAAUACAUAAACACAUUUAUUGCUAAACACAUCAGGAACCUAAACAUAACAGCCAGGCCUAAACACGUUUAGCUUAAUUUUAAACGUGUCACUAAAAGCGGUACAAGCUUUGUGAAAUCCUCCAUGCUAUUUUUACAGUGUAUAGUUUAUAUUUUAUACAUAUAUUUAAGGUGGUCUCUGAAACACUUAAGCAUGAAUCAGGCCACCUGAGAUUAUAUAAAAAUAUCCAUAGCGAUAUUAGUAAACAUAUUGAUUAUAUGUAUUACAGGCUGCCUUAUCCUAAAUUCACUAGGAAGCAUUGUAUAUCUGUAAGAACUAUGAGUAACCCCGGAGGUCUCACCGCCGUAGAUUAUGAAUGAAUCCCUUUUCUAUGAAUAUAAGACUCAAAAUAUUUACUAAUAUUACAAAGUUAUUUACUAUAAUUUAUGUUCUGACGUCACUGAUUUCGUAAAUAAUUCAGCCAGGAGUGAAUCUAUAUACUCACUACGCCUUCUUAUCAUGUAUCACAUUAAAAAAUAAUUCAUUCAUUCGCUUUUUAUUUAUUUUGCUCAUCCAUUCAUUUAUUAUUUAAUCCUUUCAUUUAUUUAUUAAUCCAUUUAUAAAUGCAUG